AUGCCUGAUGUACAUGUUGAUAUGGAAAUAAUAUUUAAUAUACUUGUACCGGAAGAUAAUUCUUAUGAACGUUCAAAUGAAGGUAAAGAUGAUAUAUCAACAGAUGCAAAAUGUUCAUUAUUCGGUUCAUUAAUUACUAGGCCUAUUACAUCAAGAUGUUUGAUUAUUGGUACUUGGGAAAUUAAAAGGAAUUUCAUGACUGAAGUAGAAAAUAAGAUUAAUCAUUUAGUUGAUGACCUAUCGACAGAAGGGAAUGGUACGAAUGAAGAAACAUGUGAUAGCCAAUUAGAAGGACCAGAUACACUUUUAUGCUAUCGUGCAACACGUUAA